AUGGAGGAUCUUGAUCGCGUAAGGAAAUUUCGAAGUCAGGCCAGGUCGUCGAUAACCCGAACGGUGAACGAUCUGAAGACGCUUUUGACUACGACCCCUCUUCCCAGAGAGCAACUGAAGCAAACCUUGACGGUUUUGGAAACGAAGUGGGCUACCUUGAAAGAAAAGGACCGAGAGGUUCAGGGUCUCAUACCGGAGGAAUUGAUAGAGAGCGAGUGUAAUUCCUGCGAUCAAUACCUCGAGUCAGUCACGGCGAUCAAGUUCCAAGUGUGUUCCGCACUAGACUCCACGACCGCAUCCCGAUCUUUGGCUCCCGCAGGCGACGGCGUUGAUGCUACGGGACCUCGACGAUCCUCCUCAGGAGAUCGGAGUCACUCUACCGGAGUCACUCUACCGAAGCUGCGGAUCGACACCUUUAGCGGCGACCUAUCUAAAUGGCAGGGGUUCUGGGACCAGUUCCGUGCGAGUAUUCAUGAAAACGAACGUCUCACUGAUGUCAACAAGCUGAAGUACCUGGUCUCUCUCGUUUCUGGGCCAGCAGCCCGUGCCAUUGAAGGUCUCUCGAUUAGCGAUGAGAACUACACGACUGCCGUGGACAUACUUCAGAAGCGAUUUGGGAAGGACGACCUUCUUGUGACCGAAAACAUGGGGCGCCUUUUCGAGCUCAGGACUGUUCGGUCCAGCACCGACGUAAAGGGGUUGCGUGAGCUCCACGAGACUGUUACAGUGCGCAUCAGGAACCUGGAGAGCCUAAAUGUUACGACAGCACAAUACGCAAUUCCGCUUCGGCAGGUCAUCUUGAAGAAGAUUCCUAGAGACCUCGAAAUGGACUUCUACCGAACCAAGGACAAAGGCAAGGACACCAACGGCGACUCUUUAUCAUCCCUACUAGAUUUCCUGGAGAAUGAGAUUGAAUGUCGGGAACGAGCCCGAAGGGAGGCAGAUGACGUUCCCAAGCGUAGGGAGCCGACCCCAGCCUCUGCAUCUUCGCUGACAGCAACCGCGUCUUCUGUCUCAGAUCCAGCAUCUGCAAUGGCUGCCCCAAGCACUCCUACGUGUGUGCUUUGCAAGUCCGGACAGCAUCGAUUGGAGGGAUGCACUGCUGGUUUGAGCCCUGAGGAAGUACGACUGAUCCUGCGCCGGGAGGGCAGGUGUUUCCUUUGCGGACGACGGUCGCACAUAUCGAAGGAUUGCAGGGUAAGGCGGGUCUUGCAGUGUGAUCGCUGCCAUAGACGUCAUCUUACUCAACUGUGCCCCGGAGUCAACUCGUCCAGCACUGAGCAGUCCCCGCAGUCGUCUCAGUCUACAGCACAAGAGCCGUCGACGGUGCAUGCGUCUACGGGAACUGUUGUGACAUCUCUUUCGUCAUCCUCUGCCGUUUUGCAAGGCGCGGCGGUCCUUCUGCAAACAGCCAAGGUGUGGAUUGAAGGAACUGAUGGCCGGAGAAGUCUCGCACGCAUACUUCUGGAUGGCGGCAGCCAACGCAGUUUUAUUCGACAGGAUGUGUCGACGAAGCUCGGAUGUACACUGCUUCGAUCCGAAGAUUUGCAUGUUGGGGCCCUUGGAAACACUGCGUCAAGCUGCACGAAGUAUCGAUGCGUGCGGGUUCUCUUGCGCAGCCAAUUUUCGGCGUCAUGUAUGGCAAUCGAGGCGGUUGAAUACCCCGACAUCUGCUCCGAUGGAUUGCCUGUUCUCGAUUCGCAUUCAGCGCAACACGUCAAGAAUAUGGGUCUACAGCUUGCUGACGAGCCCUCAUCUCCCACCGAUAUUUCAUUAUUGAUUGGAGCGGACUUUUAUUGGGGAGUUGUGACUGGAGCAACCGCCCGUUUAUCAGAUUACCUGGUGGCUGUUGAAACUCUGUUUGGGUGGACGAUUCAAGGCUCAGGCAGAAAUGCCAGCGGUGGUCACUGUCGCAUCCCGUCGGUUCAUGUUCUCCAUGUUGAGGUGCACCAGGAAGAUACCAACGUCAUCGACCAGCAACUCUCCGCCUUUUGGGAGUUAGAGCAUUUGGGCAUAACUGAUCGCCACCAGUCCGACUCCGACUGUGACACUGUCCUGCGCAAGUUCCGGUCCACAGCGCAGUUGUUAAACGGUCGUUACACCGUGCGCUUGCCUUGGAAGUCGGAAGCGCCUGAAGCAUUGGGUGACAACAAGAAGCUGGCGGUCCAGAGGCUGGAUAGUACCAUCAAAAGAUUACGGAGAGACCAAACGUUGCUGGAAGAAUAUGAUUCCACCAUACGUCAGUAUUUGCGUCUUCAACACGCUGAACGGGUCCUACAACCGGAGUUGGUGGCCGGGCCUCUGUAUUAUAUGCCGCACCACGCAGUCAUCCGAAGGGACCGCGAGACAACAAAGGUUCGAAUUGUGUUUGAUGCCUCGUCGAAGGCUCACGGUUCUCUCUCUCUCAACGAAGCUCUUCACGCCGGCCCUAACCUUAACCCUGACGUUCUGCAAUUGCUGUUGCGGUUUCGAUCUUAUCAUGUGGCUCUCACAGCGGAUAUAGAGAAGGCGUUUUUACAGAUCGUGCUGGACAGUGCUGACCGAGAUUGUUUGCGUUUUCUGUGGUAUGCCACGACGCCACGAGCAGGCGAACCGUUGCCCCCAGUAGAAAUCUGGCGCAUGACACGAGUGCCUUUUGGAGCCAAGUCCAGUCCCUUUCUUCUCGCGGCCACUAUACGUCACCACCUGAGAGCAGCAGAAGAGACAUACCCACGCACGGCGUCCUUACUUUCCAGCCAUUUCUAUGUGGACGACCUCGUUGUUGGUAUGCCAUCGCCGGAAGAGGCACUUACUGUUUACCACGAGUCGCGGCAAAUCUUCCGCGACGCGGGCAUGAAACUGGUUAAGUGGACGAGCAAUGAUGCUCAUCUCCGGGCUACCUUUGACGCCGAUGGGACAGGAAGUUCGACCACGUCGCCACUAAGGAAGGUCCUAGGAAUCGUUUGGGAUAUCGAGACAGAUGAAAUUCGGUAUCCGUUGAAGUCAAUAUCGGAGUUCCUGGAGCAACGGUCGAAUACCAAACGGUAUGUACUGCAAGCAGUGGCUCGCAUUUAUGAUCCCUUGGGCUAUGUGGCGCCUUUCGUGUUGACAGCCAAGAUUUUGCUACAACGGAUUUGGCUCUCCAAGAUGAGUUGGGACGAAGAACUACCAGAAGACCUGAUGGGAGUGUGGUCGUCUUGGUGCCAGCAGGUGCCUUUAUUGUCUCGCGUCUCGUUACCACGGCGGCUCGGCGGGAAGAUGUCGGAGGGCAGCAUCGCGCUGCAUAUGUUUUGCGACGCGAGUCCGCGAGCAUACGGUGCGGCCGCAUACCUGGUGACGCUCGACAGGGACGGUCAUUACAGUGCGGAUCUUCUUUUGGCAAAGUCUCGGGUGGCCCCGGUCAAAACGGUCUCCUUACCGAGACUCGAGUUAAUGGGUGCCGUCAUCGCGACCAGGCUUAUGAGAUUCUUACAGACGACGUUAUCUCUGUCCACCGUACCCACGGUGUUAUGGACGGACUCUGAGAUAGCACUCUACUGGAUUUACGGAUCGACGAACGACUGGAAACCUUUUGUACAGAACCGGGUGUCGGAAAUACGGGCUGGUACGGAGCCUAGUCAGUGGCGUCACUGCCCCGGCAAAGAAAAUCCCGCGGAUCUUCUCACGAGAGGCACUUCAUGCCUCCAAUUGCUGAACAACAGUGCAUGGUGGCAGGGGCCCUCGUGGCUUAUGGAUCAAGAGUCUUGGCCUCCAGCGUGGCGUACUCCGGAUGAACCCUGCGUCGAGGUACGAAACGAAACAAAGGCCCAGACGGCGUGCUGCGUACCCAUCUUGGCUACUACUACCCUAAUGGAUGUUGCCAAAUACAGUUCGCUCCACCGGCUGCUGAGAGUUACCGCUUGGGUGUCAAGAUUUCUGCACAACUGUAGGCAUACCACAGCCGAAAGGAGGGGGCCUUUGACGGCCGCCGAGGUAGUUGCAGCGGAAACAUACUGGGUCACAGCGGCACAGCGUCAAAAUUUCGGUUCUCAUCCCGCGGUGCACAAGUCCUUACAAAACGUGUCUGUCUUCCAUGAUGACGAUGGUGUUCUCCGUUUGACGGGCCGCCUUCAGUACAGCGAUUUUGAAGAAACCCAGAGGCAUCCCAUCGUCAUUCCCGCUGACCACCCGUUCACCGCUCUUUUAGUUUUCCGGGCUCAUGUCAGGCUUCUGCAUGCUGGAGUUCAGGAGACACUCGCCGCGCUUCGGGAAGAGUACUGGGUUCUCCGUGGUCGUCAGGCUGUGAAGAGGAUCCUAAAUGGAUGUCGCACUUGCCGACGAGCAAAGGUUCAGGCGUGCACAGAAGUUACCGCUCCGCUACCACGAGACCGCUUGUCACAGUCCGCACCAUUUGAAGUGACAGGCACCGAUUUUGCGGGUCCACUGUACUACAAGUGUUCAAAAGGCGGCGGAAGAAAGUGCUACAUCCUGAUUUUUACCUGUGCCGUCACUAGGGCUGUUCACCUAGAGCUGACGAAGUCUAUGACUACCGAGGAUUUCCUAAUGGCUCUUAGAAGGUUCGUAUCAAGACGGGGCGUACCCGCCACUAUAUAUUCAGACAAUUUUCGGACAUUCAAGCGAGCCAGUCGCGAACUCACCCCUGCCUGGUUGUCACAAAACGCUCAGGUAAACGUAUUCUUGACUGCACGACGGAUCACCUGGAAAUUCAUAGUGGAGCGAGGAGCAUGGUGGGGUGGGUUUUGGGAACGCCUGAUUCGCAGUACCAAAACCUGCCUGCGUACAGUCCUGGGUCGAAGCGCCCUCCGCUACGAAGAACUCUCUACCGUUCUCACAGAGGUGGAGGCGGUGAUGAAUUCUCGGCCUCUGACGUAUCUGUCCGAAGAUCCAGACGACCUUUCUGCCGUCACGCCGUCACACUUUCUGAUUGGGCAAAGGCUCACCGCGCUUCCGUGUCGCGAACCCGAAGCAGGAACAACAUCUACAGCCCAACAGUUGAGACGCCGGUGGACGUAUAGGGAAGAAUUGACUCAUCAAUGCUGGAAGAAGUGGGUUAAAACGUACAUCCUCCUCCUGAGAUCGGCCAACGUCUGCAAGCCCGUACCAUCACACAGCGUCGCCGUCGGGGACCUAGUACUCAUUGCUGCAGAGUCAAGGCCGCGAACAUCGUGGCCUCUAGGACGUGUGAGUCACGUAACACAGAGCCCAGAUGGAAGGGUUAGAUCCUGUAGAAUCAACUUGCCAGGAGGGAAAACCGUAAGCCGGCCAGUACAACUUCUCUACAAAUUGGAAGCUGAUUGA